AUGACCAAUAUAUAUGAAUCGAAUCACAAUGUCAAUUUUCGAAAUGCUCAAAAUCUUCUCAUUCGUGAAAUCCAACGUGUGUUGGAUGCGGAACAUCUCAUGAAAAGUCUGGGAACUAAAACGCCUCCGAGAAGAUUUGUUGCUGGCAGAGAUAUAGAAAUGCCAACUCCUGAGCUCUCUUCGAUUACAAAUUUCAUGAAAGAAGAUGCAUCGCUCAUGACCCCAUCUCCAGCAAACGGAUCUUCGCUGAGACGUCGCCAAAGCUUUAGUCCAUUAACUUUAUCUUUGAUUGGGGCCACGAAUUGUAUUGAUAAAGAAGUAGAAGAGGAAAAGAAAGAACAGGGAAAGAUUCAAAAGUGCGACAAGAUCUUUUUCCCGAAGGAGACACCAACUAACAUUAACCCAAUCGGAAGACUUAUCGGCCCACGUGGAAUCACGAUUCGCCAACUAGAGACGGAUCUCGGAUGCAAGUUGUUCAUUCGAGGAAAAGGAUGCACCAGAGAUGAUAGUAAAGAAGAGCGUCUCCGUGGACGAGCCGGUUGGGAGCAUCUCGAUGAGCCAAUUCAUGUACUCAUCACCGUGAACGCAGAUUCAGAAGAUAGCGCCAAUGAUAAGAUGCAACAGGUCAAAACUUAUCUUCAGGAUUUUUUGGAGAACAAUGACUCGAAUCUCAAACGUGCUCAGCUGAUGCAGCUAGCUGUGAUUGAGGGAACUCUCAAGUAA